CUUCCGCUCGCUUAUUUUUACUCGCACUGGGUCCCAAGUUCAAACCUUCGACGUUCAACAGCUACAUGUAUUGAAAAUGACUGGCAGCUAGGCUAUAUCUAUGGUCUCGGGUCUUCUAAUUUUAUCUGUCGCUUGCAUGUUAUAGCAUGCUCCUUUUGGGAUAAGCUUAUUGUCUUCUUGUUAUUGUCUUCUAAACAAAAAAGGCUAUUAAUAUUAAUGGCCAUCUCAUUGUUUUCUUCUAUCUUCCUCACAAUCGUCCCUCCCGGUUUACUGCUCUUGAUGACGUCUUUUUCGCCUACACCGAGGUUUACUCUACCCCUACGUUCUCUUCCACCAUUACAAUUGCACUCUAUUUCUGAAGAGUCAAGCAUAGACUGUGAGGAAGUCGUCGAUAUCAACCUUGGAGCGGAGUCACCGAAAUCGAUCUUGAACGAGGGACCCAAAUUUCUGCGAUCGACUGAAGCCGGCGAAGAUAUAUGAGGAAGAUCAGGCAUAGUGGUUCACACCAUCGCGCCUAUGCGAGACCGAGAUUGGAACUCUAGCUCGUAUGCUGAAAAAUUUAAAGUUCAAAAGCAGCCUCGCCUGGUAAGACAAUCUGUCGAUAGAGAUUGUGGCAUAUGCUUCGAGGUUGCCGUAUCCCUCUCCCGAACUCUAUGUUGCGGAAAAUUGUUCUGUUUAAAACAUAUUUCAGAAUGGCUAAACGGGACUGAUUCCGACUACCGCUGCCCGUCCUGCAGGAUGCCAUGCACCGGCAUUCUUUCUCUCGCUUUACCCGUUCUGAAGUCUCCUCCUCCUACCCCUAGAAAUGACGCGUUAUCUACCUCCAAUCGCAAUCCGAGUUGGCCUCAGCUGAAAACUCCAGGGGACCAAUCCCCACAAACGGAUUCACCAGAGGCUAAAGAUCUCAAGCAAGCUUAUUCAUUGGGCAACACGCGAACGAUUACUGGAGCUGUGACAAAACUUGACCGGGAGGGAAAGCAUCCGCUGUCGAAGGAACGAGCCAUGUCUUCAUACCCAUCGUCAGACGAGGAAGUAGAAAGAAGGAAGGACGUUUCCUUGAACACGUUCUAUAGAAGGACGUCGAAGCCAUCUCGUCAUCAUUCCACCAUCAAAUCUCAUUCGAAAGUUUCGCCUAGUCUUUCUCCUUGCAAUUCAAUUCUCAUUUCAGCACGGCGGCCUCAAGAAGUAAUUGCAGCUCAGCUUCCUCUGGCCGGACACGAGCUGGCUGUGUCAUCUGCACGGUUAUGUGAAGUUGCGGCCAGGACCGUUGGAAGGUUGUUGAGUGUUGUUGGGCUGGUCAUGUUGUUCUGGAUUUUAUUGACAUGAAAAUCCAUGAGUCCACGAGCUGUAUGACAAGGCCUAUGUAUCUGUAUUGUACAUCAAGAAGCUGUAUAUCGUGUUGUAUUCGCAUACUAAUACUGUAAUCUUACUGUUAAAUUAUCGGGCGCAACUCACUCUCAACCAGAGCUC